AUGCAGCACAUCGACGAGUACCGUUCUUUAUAUACAACUUUACGCCGGCUGAGAGGCAAAAUGAAACGUACCAGUGACAACAUCAAAAAGACUGACGCCAAUUUUGUCCGAUCCAACAACGAACGGCUCAAUCGCUGGAGAGAGUAUUUCCAAAAACUUUACAAUCAUCCAACUCCAGGAGGUUAUCCAGUUAAUCAACCGUCUCCAUUCGUUGCUUCGAAUGAUCUGGCAAAAGGGGAUAAUCAAGAAUGCAAAAACUACCGUGGAAUCGGCCUGGUUUCAGUCGUGGACAAAGUCUUCAUGACAGUGAUCCAACAACGACUUCAGACAAGACACGAACAAUUGGCGCGCGAAGAACACGCUGGCUUUCGUCCGUGGAGAGGCUGCUGCGAUCAAGUGUUCACACUACGGCAAUUGCUUGAAGAACGUAUUCGUUGUGGCAAGAGACUGGUUGCUGUAUUCAUCGAUUUCGCCGCUGCAUUUGACAGUGUUCACCAACCGGCACUAUGGAGAUCACUUGUCGCUGAGGUUGUUGACGCAGUCAUGAGAAAAGUCUUUAAAAAUCGACGUGGUGUACAAUUUGGUGAUAACGAAUUCAUUACAGGUCUAAUGUUCGCUGAUGACAGUGUAGUCUUCGCAGAAUCAGAAUCAGAAGCUUCCGACAUCAUUCAAGUACUUGAGUUCAAUAGUCGAAGAGCAAAGAACCGCUGCAACAGCAGACAUCAUCAAUCGAAUCGGACAAGCUGUAGCAGUGUUUGGAACAUUAACAUCAACAUAUAUACGAAAAUGCGGAUCUAUAAAUCACUAGCUCUCUCAGUAUUGCUGUAUGGUGCGGAAUCAUGGACAUUACUACAGAGUGAUCUGAAGAAACUCGAAGUCUUUCGAAUGCGCUGUCCACAUCGUAUCUUGAAUAUCUCAAUUCGAGAUAAAGUAAGAAAUGAAACCAUCAGAAAGUGA